UGUAGUUGGCGAAGAUCACUGUGGAUGAUAUGACAGAAGAACGCGAUUGCUAUAUGGAAAAGACAUUUCUUCCGAACAGAGCAUCCUUUGAUGCACAUCCAGAGCGCUUCCUAUUACAAUACGAUGAUCUCCCAAAGAGCUCACGAAAGUACUGGAAACAACGCUAUAGUCUGUUUUCUAAGUUCGAUGAAGGUGUAUACAUGAACAAAGAGCUUUGGUAUUCAGUGACCCCUGAAAUGGUGGCAAUAUUCAUUGCCAAAUUCAUUCAAGCCUGUGAUCCUAGCGUAAAUACCGUUCUCGACGUUUUCUCCGGUGGUGGUGGUAAUACAAUACAGAUGGCUAGAUAUUUCAACAAGGUGAUAGGUGUAGAUAUGAACGAAGAACACAUCUAUUGCACGGAGAAGAAUUCAGAGAUAUAUGGAGUGAUGGACAAGAUAGAGCUACAUCUCGCUAUGUGGCCCUCUGGUAUUAACGUUGAGCUGUUGUCAAAAUUCCAGAAUGAAGUUGAUUUUGUAUUUGCAUCUCCUCCUUGGGGCGGACCAGGCUACACUGCAAACGAUUCCUUUGAUCUAACCCAGUUAGAACCAAUUCCAUUGGCCGAUUUGCUUCGAUCAUUCUUCCAAAUAUCACCGAAUGUGUGCUUGUUCCUCCCGAGAAACUCGAACCUCGACCAAUUAUCACAAGUAACUAGAGAUUUAUGUGGAGAGACAGCGAGAUGUCGAGUAUUAUAUGUCCAUAGUGAAGGCUAUUUGAAGGGUAUAUAUGCGAUUUGGGGUGAAAAGUUUAUGCCCACAAAUCAGUAUGAUACUUCUAUGUCCUCUCUUGAUUAUAGCGUUGAGAAUAGCGAAUACUCUAGCUCAACUGUGCUAGAUCAUAGAAACUCUCAUGAAGCGAUGAACACAGUGGAAUCCAUCGUUGGUUCUGAGUACUGAAUAAGGAUGUCAGUUGAUGAAACAAUAAUCAAUAUAUCCUUAGAGAAUUCAAAUAGUGGGACAAUACA